AUGCCAGACCCGAGCGAAGAUAAUCCCCCCGAACCUUACUGCGGCGGGCCCCAGGUAAAAUUGAGAUUUAUCACUGCACGCCCAGACCUCAAGCAAGCGAGACAUGAAUCUAGAGCAGCAAUCCACGCACAUGCCUCGCAGGCUUCAUGGGCCAAGAUCAGGAAAAGGCGCAACCAGGGGACGGGUCCCCAUCAAAGCACAAGAGAGCCGGGGUACAAUAAAGAGCAACGUCGUGCACGGUUCGCCGAUGACCCUGCCAGCAGCAAAGCCGAAUCUCGUUCGACGAAUGACGACGGCGAGAGUCCGGGAGAUGGUUUUGUAGAGUCUGGACAAGAACUGCCUUUACGAACCGCGGGUACCGCUAUUUUUCAGUCGGUCCGCGUCUCCAGUGUCCAGUUUUCGGAUGUGGACCCUUUUACCACAUACCCCUCUCGGCUGGCAAAGGAGGUUGCUAUGCCAAUCGUUAGUGAAGUCAAUCGCUUCCUCCAAAUUAUACUUCUACCGAACCCACACCGACAGGAGCAAAGUAUUAAACAGCAAUGGAUAUCCCGAUACAUGAAUGAUGAUGUUCUGUUUCAUAUGCUUUGCUUCUCCUAUUUGGCGAGAGCGUCCACCACUAAAGGCGGUCUAAACCCAAUCAAUCAGAGAGCGUAUGGUUACUGCUACUCAGAGCUUGUCCGAGGAUUGAAUAGACGUUUAAACGAUGUGGAAAAGCGAUAUUCCGACGAGAUACUUUUUGCAGUCCAGACAUUAGCAUUCCAUGGACGUGCUGCCAAGGAUGACACCGACAACCUUCAAUCGCCUUCGCAGGGGCCCCUAAAUUCAAUGCAGCUUCUGGAUAUCUAUGCGGGACGUUUAGACCCGGUUGAUGUCCAUCUACAGGCUUUGUCGAACAUAGUGUCUAUGAGAGGAGGUUUAGGCGCAAUUAAGUUUCCUGGACUUGCAGCAAUGUUAAGCUAUGGGGAUUUACUUCUGGCCUCUCGACACCUACGAAAGCCUGUCUACCCCUUCAUCCCUCUACAAAUCUCACCACAACAUGUAUUAGACGCUGUAAGCAGGGAAGUCCAUCCGCUACGUCAGCUAGGAACAGGUUUUCGAGCCCUUUACGACCUUCUUCCCUCGGAUGUCGCACAAUCACUCUUUCUUACUUUACAUAAUCUGUCAACCUAUUCGAUAGCAGUCGAUGAUUAUAUAACGGGCCGUUCACAAGCGCAGGAUUUAGGCGCUCUAGCUGACCAGCGUAACUUCGUACAGCAUAGUUUGCUGUCAUGGAGCCCGGGGCUGGAUGAUGACGUUAAAGGUUCCAAAGAAGAUAUCGUUGUUCUACAACAAGCAUGUUGGGCAGCUAGCGUCAUCUACAGCCUGAUUGCUAUCUUCCCUGUACCUCACAGUAGAGCUCCCUUUGGAACGCUCGCACGCCAGCUCAAGCACGGCCUUGUCCACACCAACAAUCUUCUCAGAAACAGAUGGCACGACUCCUCUCCACUUCUAUUAUGGGUGAUCUUCAUGGGCGCACUAGCUUCUACCGCGAAUGAUGAAGGAGAAGGAAAAAAAGAAGGGUGCAAAGAAUGGUACAUCAAUGUUCUCGAACGGUUCGUGCAUAGGAUGCAAAUCAUGAGCUGGGGAGCUUUGAAGGACCAGUUAUUGAACUUUCUAUGGUUUCCCAGCACAAGUGACGGCGAUGGACAGCAGCUUUGGAUGGAGAUAAAUACCUCAAAUCUAUUCAUAUAA